AUGCCUCCCAAGCAUGCGAUCACUUAUGAGCUUCACGACAAAGUUUUAUGUAAGUAUAAGGACUACUAUUACGCUGGAAAGAUAGUCAAUGUGUCGACAAAAGACAAUGAGCGCAUGUUCACUGUCCAUUAUCAGGGCUGGCAUAAAAGGCAUGAUGCAGUUGUACCGGAAAGCAAGGUCAAGCAGCUGUUUCUUCCUUAUACAGACGAGAAUGUUGCGAGAACAACGUUUCUCUUGUAUAUACUACCAUUCUCACCUGAAAGUAUUCAGUACUAUGGUUGUCUGCCAAAAUCACUGAAUGAGAUUCUCGAAAAAGAUCACGAUGCAGUCAUUCAUCGGCGUCUGUUGACAAAGUUGCCUGCCGCUUAUCCUGUUGACUUGCUACUUGUUGAGUUCCUGAACACCUAUGACAUCGAAAUCGCGUGGGGAGUAAACAUGGUGACCGUUUCUUACGGCGACGAAAUUAGCUGCUCCCAUUUGAAUUGCCUUCUCCAAUCAUGCCAAAUGAUAACCGAUUAUUUCAACAUGAUGCUCGGAAAGCUGCUACUAUACCCGCCCGAACGUGAUCAGUAUCAGUCAGAAUUGCUACGGCAACGUCUUUUAAAUUUGAACGACGCCAAUGGAAGCAAUGGGCAACCACAUUUAGGUUCGGCCAUAUUGCCAGACAACACUGUCCCAGUGCGACACUCCUCAGUUUUUGGCCUUCCGCACCUGCUAAGGCUAUUCAAAUGUUUGGCUGAGAAAUUCAGCAAUCUGCCUCAAGAUUCAGAACCUUUGGUGACCCUGAAAGUCAUGACUGCUGAAUUUGUUAUGUUUUUGGAAGAAAAUCGUGAUAAGUACUUCAGUGUCAGAAGGGAUUAUGAGCCUCAAGAAUGA